UUCUGCUUCUCAUCACCUGCCUCACACGAGUGUCUUCCUCUGGAAUUAUAUUCUAGAUUUCGAUUAAAUUAAACCUAUUUUCUUAAAGAAGAUAAGUGACACUCUUCAUUUGAAGACUUAAUUCCUGACAGUCUCUUCCAGCCAUGAACGUUUCUGAGGAGGAUGCAAAGCCCUUCGACAGCACUACUACUGGAGCGUGGAAUAUUAGCCUUUCUGGAUUUUACAUUCUGAUUUUCAUCGUUGCUGUGCCCGGGAACAUUUUAGCUCUGUGGGCCUUCUGUAAGCAGAAAACCACGUCUCCGUCGAAGAUCUUCCUGAGGAAUCUGGCGAUCGCCGACAUCUGCUAUGUUCUUGUUUUGCCCAUGCGAAUUGUGUUCCACCUCUCCGACGGCUACUGGCCUUUUGGACAUGUCCUCUGUCAACUGUCGGGUUUCCUCUUCUACCUGAACAUGUACUGCAGCCUCUACACCAUGAGCUUCAUCAGUCUGGAUAGAGUCCUGGCUGUGGUUUUACCCUUAAAACUUCAGUCGGUAAGGAAACCUUUGUACGCAAAUAUAGCUGUUGUCGCACUUUGGGUCGUCGUUUUGGUUUCUAUGAGUCCGAUACUUUUCUCAAAGAACCAGACGAAUUCGACAAGCAUCUGCAGCAAACUCUACCUGGAAGACACCUCCCCUAAAGCUUUGGUUUCCACCGUUGUGGCUUUUCUCAUCCCCCUCACCACAAUCGUCGUCUCAUACAUCCUGAUUCUGUUGAAGCUAAGGAAACUCAAGCAGCCCCAACUGCAUCGCGUGAAAGAGAAGGCUGCAAAAAUGAUCAUACUCAUCCUGAUAAACUUUAUGUUGGCCUUCAUGCCCUAUCAUGUGAGCAGGGUUAUCUACAUUACAAGCCAAAGUCACAGCAUGUGGAACCAGAAUGCUUUGGUUAAAGCCAACCAGAUCACAUCUGCACUGACAUGCAUAAGCGGCAUACUUGACCCUGUGAUGUAUUUCUAUUUGAAUCGUGUGUACAAAAACACAUUUUUGCAGCUAUUCUGUAAAAACAAGGAGCUUGAGAAGUCAUCGGGAAGUAGAAGUGGACUGAGAGGAGACAUGGGGGGGUUUGAAUGCAGCUGAUCACCACCUGUUUCAUACUUUUGUAUUUAAAAUAGUGGCUUUCCAGCAUAAUGUAUGUUAUGUGUGUCAACCAAGUUGUUUCAUAAGAAUAUUUUUGGCAAAAAAUAGAAUUAAAGUGUUUUUAAAAACAGGAAAAGCGGAAUGUUGUUAACUCAUGUACAGUUUUUUACUUAAAAUGUUUAUCUUUUUGUUAAUUAUUUCUAUUUAAAAUGUGUUUUUUCAAUGUUUAUUAAAUUUUACAUUUUUUGAAUGUCAUAUUAUGUUUACAAAAAUGUUUGAAUAAAAACCUUUUUUUUUAAUCACCUAUAUCUUUCAUGCUGCAGAUUUUCUUGCAGUUCUUUCUGUGGUUGAAGUUCACUUCCUGAAAAUUUGAUCUUGUUGGUCAACUUGGUCAAAUGUAUGAAAGCGGCAGCAACAGAUCAUUAUUUUAUGACAAACUACAAAGUUUUCAGCUUAUUGAUGACAACUACAUCUAACCUUUCUCAUGUUAAAAACUAUUUUGGAACAGAUGGCUGUAAAACUCUCACAGUAAAUUGAAAGUUGCCCCACGCCCACAGUUUGCGUCAUCUUCACUUGGUGCUUCCCAGCAAAUUUUUGCAAAACAUUUUGUGUGGUAUUUAAAGGUUAUAAGGUGGAAAUGUUAUGCCACUUUGUUUUUUAUUAUUUUGACUGUGAAGAAAAAUAAAGAUGUUGUCACAAAAGUAGUGAUUGUGAGAGAUUGGCACCCUGAUCUAUUUGAAUGUGUAUUUUAUCAGCUGAAAAUCACUUCUCUUUCGUCUGAGAACUCUCUAAGGUGUCAAUUUUUUAAUUUGUGAACUUCUUUACAUUUUUGCAAUUGAAAAAUGAUAAGACAAAUAAAGAUAUGGAAAACUCAAAAGCCUGAUAAGUACAACCAUCUUUCUUCUGUGCAAGGUUAUGAAACGUAACAUUUCCCUUUUUAGAAAUCCUCUAUAAUUAUGUAUUUGGAUUUUUUAAAAAAGAACUAAAAGGAUGUGAGACUGUUCUUUCAACACAUUAUAUCUCUAGAUUUGAGGAACUAGCACGUUAUCGCUUGUUGCAGUUUGAGCUUCUUGUUGAUAUGACACCUUAAAAAUCAACUCUGAAUAUACUUUGUUGUAAUGAUAGCCUAUUCAAAUGAGAAAAGGAAGUGGAACCAUUCUGAGUUUUUAUAUGUAUGUAAAUAAAAUAAAAAAACAUUUAUGCUA